UGCAUGUCGUUGUCUUCUUCGCCGGAUAGUUGGCGCAGGAAGAGUAUAAUCAUGACUGUAAAGAUGAAGGAGCGUUGGUAAAUGACGAUGAGGUACGCAUGAUUAUUCCAUCGGCGCCUGUAAUGACACCUAAGGAAGAACGGGGGCUGGUUUCUGCACCUCCAUUCUAUCCUUACAAGCACGAACGACUCGAUAAUGGAUUUGUAUACCUUAUCAAGCAAUUGGAUGGACAAAAGGAAAAAGAUGAAGCGAUAAAGUUGAAGCUGAUUGUCAAAGCAGGGUAUGCAAUUUUUUGUUAAUGUUUUUUGUGACUAGCUCUAGCUCUGAACUGAUUAAGUGAUUUUCAACAAAAUUAUUUUAGGUUUUUGCGAGACCGAUGCUUAUGAAAUACUAAUAGAUAGAUACAUACAUAUAUGCUUUUGUGAGUAGAUAAAUACAUUCACUGAAAACACAUAUGUGGUGUCAUCAUGAGAAAGCUUCCGAGAACUCCAAUGAACGUUAGUCCCAACAAGAACAUGAGAAAAAACAAGUUGCUGAACAACCCAACAGAACUCUAUUGUUCUUUCAUUUUCACAAAUGGACCUGAAAAAGCCACGAAAUACAAACUGAAUGUAUUUAUCUACUCACAAAAGCAUAUAUGUAUGUAUCUAUCUAUUAGUAUUUCAUAAGCAUCGGUCUCGCAAAAACCUAAAAUAAUUUUGUUGAAAAUCACUUGAUCAGUUCAGAGCUAGUCACAAAAAAUUGCAUACCCUGCCUUGACAAUCAGCUUCAACUUUAUCGCUCCAUCUUUUUCCUUUUUUCCAUCCAGUUGCUUGAUAAGGUAUACAAAUCCAUUAUCGAGUCGUUCGUGCUUGUAAGGAUAGAAUGGAGGUGCAGAAACCAGCCCCCGUUCUUCCUUAGGUGUCAUUACAGGCGCCGAUGGAAUAAUCAUGCGUACCUCAUCGUCAUUUACCAACGCUCCUUCAUCUUUACAGUCAUGAUUAUACUCUUCCUGCGCCAACUAUCCGGCGAAGAGGACAACGACAUGCAAAAGUUGAAAAAUACAUCUCUUCGCCGGAUAGUUGGCGCUCGUCGUCGGAAGAGUAUAAUCACGACUGUAAAGAUGAAGGAGGGUUGGUAAAUGACGAAGCUGGAUCUGGGGAUAAUGACUCGUAUAAUGGAACUUUGGGGGAUGAAGGCGGAGAAUCAGAAGCAGGAUUGUAUUAAGGGUGUAACUGAGAUGGAAAAGCAGGAUAGUGAGAUGGAAAAUCAGGAUCUCAUAACAGAGGAGGACGAUCUACAUCACAUCAACAAGAAGCAGAAAAUGGAUAGUGAGAUGGAAAACCAGGAUCUCAUAUCAGAGAUGGAGGAUCUACAUCACAACAAGAACAAGGAGCAGAUGAAUCAACAUGAGGAAGAGGAGCUUCAAGGCAUGUCGUUCACGUAUAAACCGAUGCAUUGCUUGACAAGGUCUCCCCAUCUUAUCUUUGGAAUUCCUUGUAUACCUCCUGAAGAGGAAGAAGAGACAUCAUGGGGUAUUGCUGGUCUUGGUCCUCGUUGGUUAAUCUAAUACUUGCUUCUACAUCCCUACUACUUUGCUCUAGUUUGGUUGCUUAUAUCACAUUCCUAGUAAUGUUUUCAUGUAUAUACUUUGUUCUGAAAUCAUCAAUGAGUUGACAUGACCAUCAUGUUUAAGCCUCGAACUUAUGAAUUCGAACCAAGUAUGGUGGUAGCUAGGUCAUUCUAAGUACAAAAUAGUUCAGUUCAAUGUCGAGAUGCAAUAUCAAUUUGCUCCUGUUUUUUUCAUCUGA